ACCGCGGCCAUUGUGGUCCGGAGUAUCGAGCAGUCCGGUCGCGAGCGUCCGUCGUGUUGCAGGUGCACACUCUCUUUCUCUUUCUAUUCCUCCCGACCCACCACUACUCACUCUCACACUCAAAUCCAGUUUUCAGUUUAGCCCGCGUACCUAAUCAUCAACUGCAUGCGGCACGGCACUUAUCGUAACCUCCUCAUUUUUGCACUGUGAGAGGAUUGUUGCACGGGCGACGUGCGGAGGUAUUGCGGGCACUGCAUCCGGUGUAUGGUGUAAGACAAAGUGGCCUCGGAUGAUUUCUCACGCGCCUUUUGCUGUGGCGGCGUGUAUGUGGGGGUGAGUGCGGGCGUGAUGGGGCGGGGGCAGAGCUCGCCCAUGGAGCUCGGCUAAGGUGGCGCGCCCCUGCCCGGCCGCCCGGCCCCCCCUCCGCCCUCCGCCCGCCGGCUCACACAUGGAGCCGGACCAUCGGGAGCAACGACUAUGCCAUAGGCCGAAAGCCUUUGACAAAAUGGAGACGCUGGUCAAAGAAAUGCAAGACACGGAGUCAGGGGGCGUGCCAGUAAGAAGUCAAAAGAUCUUUUUAACAUCCAUUCCUGCCGCUUUUAUGGGUUAUGAUCUGAUUGAGUGGCUAAUUAUGAGGCUUGAGAUAGAAGAAUCUGAAGCCUUAAAUAUAGCCAACCAACUAUGUCAAUACGGCUAUUUUUUUCCUAUCAGCGAUUCCAAGAACCUAGUAGUCAAAGACGAUAGCUCCCUCUAUAGAUUUCAAAACCAUUUUUAUUGGCCUUGGCGUAACAAACCUCCCGAUAACGUGGACUACGCCAUUUACCUCACGAAACGGUCGUUACGCAAUAAGCAGCGCCACGGUCUGGAAGAAUAUGAGUUCGAGGCUUUUACCAAUUUAAAAAGGAACUUAUCCAACAAGUGGGAUAUCAUCGUCGCCCAGGCAGAAGAACAGGUGAAGCAGCAAAAAUCGAUGAAAAAACCUGACAAGUUGAUCAGCGACUCACAGGAAAAGGCUUAUUGGAGGGUACACCGGCCACCACCAGGUAUCACCAGCUCGUUGGAGCAAGUUCCCGUACCUACGAGAUGCUGGAAUGGAAUUAAACCCAAGAAGAAAACUAUUGAGGACUGCAGAAGAGAGGUUGAGCUGCUAAGAACAAGUUUAUACAGGACAAGAAUAAAGGUUUCUCAAGCCUUGGAAGGACUGUUACAGCAUGUAGACACCUACACCGAGUACGACCCUUUGCUGGUACCACCCCAACCAUCAAACCCCUGGGUAAACGAAGAUAUCACUUAUUGGCAACUGAAUGCACCCUUAGUGGAAGUGCCCACGGAAAAGCGUGUAAAAAAAUGGAGCCUGUCAAUGGAAGACUUACUGUGCGACCCUACAGGGGUUCAGGAGUUUACGAACUACUUACAGAAAGAGAAAAGCGAGGAAAACAUUUUAUUUUGGCUGGCGGUGAACGAUUUAAGACGAUCGUCUCAGUCGCAGGUUUUGUGGAAAAUAAAGGAUAUUUACGAAAACUAUGUGAAACAUGGCUCGCCACGUGAAGUGAACAUCGACAACCAGACGAUGGAUAAGGUGUUAGAAGGAAUGAAGAACAACAGCAGGUUCUGCUUCGACGCUGCUCAGGAGCACGUGUACAAUCUGCUGCUGAAGAAGGACUGCUAUCCGAGGUUCAUCCGAUCGGAAUAUUAUAAGAAUCUUCUGUCCAAUGGGAUUCAGCCUCUACAAAAGAAACGAUUUUUCGGUUUUGGUCCGACUAAAAAGAAAUCGUCGACCAGUUCGCAACCGAACCAGUCUUCGUCACAGGUCGGCUCGGUAGCGAUACCGGCGUGCGGCGGCGCACUUAGUAAACGACGCGGUAGCGACCGAAGUUUGUCGGGUUCCGCGCAUGAAAUUUCCCAUUUUGGAGUGGGCAGCGGCACGCACACCACCGUCAUUAAGGAGCCAAAGGUGUCCCACUCGCACUCGCAGAGUAACUUGAGCGAUAUCCCUUAUAGGGGAGACCUAGACCUGAACAAAACCAGCCCGGUGGCCACCUACAGUCCGGUUAAGAAGCCGAGCAUUAUCCCUGCAGCCUCUACAUCUGAAGAAGUGUGUCCCUGGGAGACACCCCCGUCACCCCCAAGGACUCCUACGAGAAAUCGAAAAAAUUCCACCCAUAUGGACUCUGAAAGUUCCUCAUCUGAUAUUAGCGAACGGGUUGCGGAAACCAGCGAAAAGGUCCAACGCAGCUUACUUACUCAACAACACACCCUCGACUGUGGCAAAAAACUGCACACACUAGACACUUACGAAACCCCACGGAGAGCGUCUGUCUCGGUGCCAAUUACACACAGCACCUCGGGCAUAGAGGGCGCCCGACGUAAAGUGUCCUCCUUCGAGGACAACAGCAGCUCGAGCUCAACGGGAGUGUCCGCAAUAUUCGUGAUUCCUAGUGACAAAGACAAUAAAUCGAACGACGGGACAGGAAAGGUUCUACAAAAGAGUCACAGUAUGUCCAAAACGGGUUCGAUGCAUAGUGGGACGCCCAUUAUUAGCGUAAGCUCAGCUACGGAUGAUGUGAUUAGUGAAGGUGAUGGUCCCUUUGAUCCACCCGAGAUAUCUUUGGAAGAGGUUGCGGAUGAGGAAAAAGAUAAUAGUUCUACAGAUACAGCUAAGUUUGAGCCAGUGGCAGGGCCAAGUCAUUCCGAGCCGGUGCCCACAGUAACGAUCAGCAUAGAACAUAAAGCGCCGUUGGCCGAGCCGGAUAGCGAGUCGCCUGCUAGUGAACUUCCUCCUUCGGAAAUUACCUUGACCGAAGGAGAAAAUGCUGGAGCAGCAGCAGCUGAAGGAGAGCAGGCCAGUAAAGUAAAAGAAGGCGAAGAAGAUGAGGGUAGGAACACUGAUGUCUGCCCAUGGGAGGAUGAAGAAAGCUGCAGAGUAAAUACCCCAUUCGUUAAGAAAUACGCAACCUUAGGAUACCUUUAACCGUCAAAAGAAUUAUUUGUGUAAAACACGUCAUUAAAUCGCUUCUAGCUGAAAACCGUAAGAGUUCUACAGGCUGGGAGGUAGAGGUAAUUCUUGUAGAAUGUAGAACUGCAAAAGUAUAUAAGAAAAUAUUAUAGAUUCGUGUGCUACGUAAAUAUUAAGUAUAGAUAGGCUAAUUUUACUUGGUAUAUACAGUGUCUUUUUCCUCCUAGCCUAAUAUUGCAGAUGAAAAGUAAACAGUUUAAUGAAAGGUCUCAAGAGUUAAUUAGGCAUUGAAUUAUUUUAAUUCAGAGAAGCAACUUUGGUGUCAAUAUUUGCCAGCAAAUUCACUAAUAAAUACAAUACGACGUUCUACGAUAAUGCUGAGAAUUUUUCAGCUCAAACAUUCCUGGUGCUUACAUGUAACAAUCCAGAUGUUUACACAGAACGUUCCAGAAUAUUUAUCUGGAAUAUUCUUGCUAUAGAUUAGUGAGUUUAUGCUGUGAUUCUCUGGAAUAAUUUAAAAUGGCCUUUAACCUCUUAGAUCUGACAAUAAUGAAUAACAGAGAUUUUUAUGGAGGGUGGAACUUAUUACAGGGUUGAUAAAGAAAAGGCUGCAUUUGACAAAAUGUAAUUUUUAAAAAAAUUUAAUUUAUAUUAUUAAUGCGCGCACUUUUUGGAACGCACAUACUUAAUAUACAAAAGAUCAUAUACAUUUCUUAUAAUUAAUAUGAAAAAGGGGUUUUUGUUUGCUUUUAUUGUUUUAUAUCGUUUUAUCAAAUGCAGACUAUACGAACGUCUUAUAAAGAGACUAUUGGUGUUUUUAUGUGAUGUUUAUAUAAUAUAUUGUUUUCGGGAUUUAACAGAUAUAUUUUAGUGAUUCAUCAUAUAUUUAUAUAUUGGUCAAGGAUACAUUUUUUAAAUAUUUUUUAAUAGAAAAAAAAACAAUAUAUUUUAUAAACUUUCUUAUUGGUAAAUAUAAGGGGUUAUUUGAUUGGCAUGCCCUUUAUUGCAUUUAAAGUUAAUUUUUUCUUUUAUUUAUAUAUUUAAUAUUGUUAAGUUUUAAAAAAUGGCUUGAGAACCCUUUGAUUUGAAGAAAAAUUGUUUAUUUUUUUUAUUUCAAAAUUAUUUAUUAAAUUUAAAAAAAAACAGUUUUAACUAUCGCCAAAUGGCAAAGUCUAUUACGAAAGCCUGAUUUAAAUUAGUCGAUUACAUGGUUAAUAAUAAUGCUUUCAAAUGAACCUUCAAUAUUUUUUUUAAUAUUCAACGUGAAUGAAUAUUUUCGCGGCUUUAAUGAAUCAUCCAAGUGAUUAUGAUCAUAAAUUAUUCAAUUAAUAUUCACUCUUAUUAAAUGAAUUCAAUAUUCCUUAGCACUUAGUAUAAAUUAUCAUUUUCACAAGCAUUUAUACAUUUUACACAUAAUUUUAAGUGAAUUAUUAUCAAAAAUGGAAAAUAUCUCGCCCUUCAAGUUGAAUACUUGCAUGAAUCAUUCAAAGUGCUUUUAACCAUUGAAGAGGAUUGGAUUUAGGUGAAUUAACCAAAGCAAAGUAUUAAGUUUCCUUAAUAAUAACAGUCAAUCAAAUUGUGUAUAUUAAGGAAAUUGAAUGAAUAAAUAUAUCACUGUUAUCGCAGGAAUCACUGCUGAAUAAUUAAGUAAUUCACUUAAAGAUAAUAUUCCUCUGUAUAAAAAGUGAAUAGUACAAGGUUUAAUUCACUUCAUCAUCCAAAAUGAUUUUAACCAUUAAUAAAAAUAAAAUAUACGUAAAUCAAUUAGUCUGAGUUAUUAAGUGAAUUUAAGGAAAUGAGUGAUUAAUUGAAUUUUUGAUAAUGCAAAAGAGUAAAUCCUAAUUUAAUUUUCCUCAAUAUUUAACGUAAAUGAAUUCAGUUUCUAUUAUAAUGACGGUGAAUCAAAUUAGUAAAUACUUCGCCGUUCGUCACUGAAUGAAAGUUAUUUCAUAUGAUUCGCUUUUAUUGAUUCAUCCUAUAGAAUUUUCGAUAAUGAAGGGAAGUAACGCGUGGUUUAAUUUUUCUCAAUACUCCACGUGAAUAAUCAGUUUUGUGCCUUUAAGGAAUCAAUCAAAAUUAAUUAUUGUAUCUGUGGGAACCCUGAAAAUGAGUGAGUAUUUGAGAAAAUUAGUAAUUGAUUCAGUUAAUCACUUUUGCAGAAUCAUUUUUACUUUGGAUGAUUCAUCAUUGAUGUUGAUAAAGGAUUUUAGUGAGGAAUCAUUUCAAUAAUAUAGACAUUAAAAGAUACCUUAAUACUCAAGGUGAAUGAUACGAAUGGGUAAUGAUACGAAUCUAUUUUACGAAAUUAAUUAUUUUACCUGUAAGAAUUCUGCAAAAGAGUGAAUAUUUGAGAAAAGUAGUGAUUGAUUCAGUGAAUCACUUUUGCAGAAUCAUUUUUACUUUGGAUGAUUUAUAAUUAAUGUUAAUGAUGUGUUGGGGAAUAUUUUAAUAGUAUUGGCAUUAAGAGGCAUAGCUAUUAUUUUUGAACUCUUUCACAGUGUUUAACGUGUAUUGAAAACCCAGUUUAUUUGGUCUGAUGAUGCCAUUUAAGGUAAAACGUGCAAAAUGUAAAAUUUUUGCGAUUUAUGUGGUCACUAGUCACUAUCAACUGCAAUCAAACUGAAAUUUCCAUCUGAUAAAAAUUGACAUUUCCUUGCAAAUAUUUUUUACAAGAAACCUUUUAACCAUCAUGUAUAUCUUUAUUGAGCCCAAGAUAUACACGGUGCAAAGUUUUCCGAAAAAAAAGAAACUUUCUAUUGCGUAAGUUUUGACACACAAUAUUAUAUACCUCAUAUUUAUAUUUAUGUGUUACAUUCUAAACUAUAUUAUAUAACUAUAUAUUCACUAUGUAGCUUAAAUGACACAGAAAAUUCAUAAAAAAGGGAUUCCGCAAGGGUUGUUGAAAAACGGUGCAGAACCCCGCGGAUCCGCCCAAAAAAAAAAUGUGUCGCAAAAAAAAUAUUUAAACUGUUAUAACAUUUAUGUGUCGUAGAGUAAAUAGUUGUUUAGCACUUAGGGUAAAAAUAGUCAAAAAUUCGUUAUCUAAGACAAAAAUUGUUGGCCUUUGCAACUUUUUUACAAAUCGGUAGUUUCCCUUUUGGCCAUUUGAUUGUCAUACUCAUUCAAAUCGCAUGCAGUUUCUAUAAUAAUAAAUUAACAAAACAGUUUUUUAAAAUAGACAUAGAGACGCAUUGAACAGGGCAGUACAAAGAAUUUAAAAAUAUGUGCCAAUAUAUAUGUUUAUUUUUUUAAACUCUUGGAUUUGAAAAUAGACCCAUUUGUGCCGGUUCUGUUUUAUAUGAUCCAAGAAAAAUUAUUGGUGGUGCAGGCUAAAGACUUAGAUAGAGGGUGGUUCAUGUUAUACAUAAAAAAGUAUUCUCUUGCUAUGUGUGUUUUAUUAUCUUCAUACUUACGAAGAAUUAUCACGAGAUUGCUUGCUCCCAGGUGCAAGCACGGUCCCAUGUGGAUCAAUUAAAAAAAAUACACAUCUUUCGGGUUUGAAUAACAUUUGACAACGCGGUGCAAUAUGCUGUCUUUAUGCCUUUUUCAUCAUGCGCACAGUCAUAAUUUUCACGUUUUUUAAAGUCAACGACGGUGCCGUCACGUUUACAAAUCAGACUUGUAAAGUAAAUAACGAGUUUUGCUUAUGAUGACGUUGGGUAUUACUAUAUUGAUCAUUCAGCAAAUCUAGUUUAUUCAAAAAGAAAGAUCGAUUGUAUUAAACAAAUAGAUAAAUAGUAAAUAAAGCAUACAACAUCAGGUCAAUUGAAUUUAAAAUUGGUUCGUAAACAGUAAACGAAAAGUCAUUGUUGACGUCAUCACAACAGUAAAAGUUUAUAAAUCUACAUUAACAGCAAGCAGCGGCAGCAAAAACGGCAUGGCUGACUUUUUAGGCUUGUAAACAGCAUGAUAUGCUGUUUACAAGCAAAUUAAUCACGCCAUUAAUUUGAAAAAAUAUGACCGGUGUUGCCGUAUAUUUGUGUAUAUUUUUAAAACUGAUCCACAUCAUUCGGGUUUGAAUAAUAUUUGACAAUGCGGUGCAAUACGCUGUCUUUAUGCCUUUUUCAUCAUGCGCACAGUCAUAAUUUUCAUGUUUUUUAAAGUCAACGACGGUGCCGUCACGUUUACAAAUCAGACUUGUAAAGUAAAUAACGAGUUCUGCUUAUGACGUUGGGUAUUAUUAUAUGGAUCAUUCAGCAAAUCUAGUUUAUUUAAAAAGAGAGAUCCAUUGUAUUAAACAAAUAGAUAAAUAGUAAAUAAAGCAUAGCAAUAACGGCGGAAAAAGUUUAUAAAUUGAUAAUGCGCGAUAGGAAAAACGAUACGUCUUCAAUGACCGUGCUUUUCAGCAAGGCAGUAUAUUGAAGUUGGCAGUAAAUGAUUAUUAAAUAAAUUAAGGAGUUAACGCAAAUAGUUAGUUCUAAGAUAUUCAUUUAUGACGUUGAUUGGCCGUUAGACCUCAAUGUUAUAAAUCAAUAGGGAAGAACAAUAUACCUACGGUAGUCGUGUUUUAGCAGACCUUGUAGAAAGCAUCUUGAACCUAUUUUUUUCUUAAUGAGGUCAGAGGCCACCACGACGUUACGUUUAUGAAUGCAACUUUCUAAUGUAUUUAUUUGCUCUUAAACAAAAAGUGAUUUGCUAUUGACUAAGCGUCAAGUUUAUAAAUCUAUUUUUAUGAUACAAUAAGACUGCUCUGCGCUGCUUUUGCUGCUAAAUGAUCUUGCUUUUCACAUAGAUGUAUAGACAGCAUAAUAAACUUGUUUGAUUCUUAAAAGCAAUAAGGUCAGGUAUGGAUUGGUCUACAAGCCAGUGGAUUGAAUAUCGGCUACAUAGCCCAAAAAUAUUUAAUAUAAUAAUAUGCUGUCUUCAUGGCCUGUCAGCGUUGGCAAUGUACUACAACUAAAGGUUCAGUUUUUAGAAAAUUGUACUUUUUCUGGUCAAAAAAUCAUCUGAAAGUCGUCAUCCUUUUUUUAAUAAUUUAAUGGUUUUAUUCGGGUAUUUCUGAUGUGAGCCACCCUUUAUAUAGGUGUUUAAUUGUUAUAAUUUAAGAAAAUUUAAUACAAAAAUAUUCAAAUUUUAAAAACCAAUAAGAGCGUAUUUUUUCAAGUCACCUUAAUAAAUAUCUAAGAAACAUUUUAAUUAAAAGAUAAAUUAGAAUUAAGAAUAUAAUAGCAUGUUAAAAAACAUAUAUUUAUCUAUCUAUUCAAAGAAGCUUUUGAUGUUUCGACUCUAUACUUAGAUUUUUAUAACCAGAUAAAUGGUUUCGUGUGAGUAUUGUCAAUAUUUUUGAAAAAUGGUUGGAAAUUUCAAAAAUUUUGAUUCUAUACUGCUAAAUAUAGAAUUAAAAAGCACAUAUUAAAGUCUAGACGUUAAGUUGAUAAGUAAAUAAAAAAUUAUUAUUAUCGCUUGGAGUAUUUUUGAAAACGUAAGCAUUCCAUAAUAGCAUUUUUAUUUAUUUAUCAAAAGGUAGAAUAAUAAUAAUAAUACUAAUAAUAACAAUAAAACAAUUAAUGCAAUUGAAAGAUUUUCAAUAUGAUAAAGUACUUGCAAGGAAGUUCAACUUUUAAAAUUAAAGAGUUCAAUAGACACUAAACAAAAGAAUAAUAGCAAUGUUUGCCUUAAUAAUAAUUUCAAUUUAAUUUAAUUAAAAAAAACAGUUUCCAAUCAAAUACCCUUUAAUUGUAUGUUUAAACUUAUAAUACCCUCUCUCGAUGUACGUGCCAGGCCAUACUAACUUAACUUUAGGCCUACAGUAUGAAUUUGUUGUUAAAAAUUACUUUAAAAACCAUCGUAGAACGAAAUUGUUGUCGCUUUGAAAAACAUAAUUUAAUGUAAAUAUAGGGUCUUUUAAAAUUACUGAAUUUUAAAAUUCUCUUUAUAAAACUUACGGCCUCAUAAGUAAGAGUAGUUCAAACAAAAUGUUAAUAAGUGUAAAUAUAGUCCUAAAGGGCCUAUGUGACGGCUAUAGGGCUUAAUAGGUAAGUAACUGGAAUACUCCUAGUUCAGAUCGUGUUGCAGUAGAUAUAUAGGCUGAACUUUUUGGGUGUUUUGGAAAAUAAAAUGUUUUUUUUGAGGGUGUUUUGUAAGAGGAGCAGAAGAAUUCGAGUAAAUCAUAUGGCGUUUUUGAUAAGAGAAUUUUUGAAGAGGGACGUGAGAAAUUAAAAAGAAAUAAUAAUGAAAAUAGAUCUCGACUGAAUGUCUUAAAUGCUAUACAAGGUAUCUAUAUAUAUUUUAUUUUUAAUACGAGAUGGUUAAAUAAAUGUUGAUGCAUUUUUUCUGCUGAUUAUCCUAGCAAAACCAGAAGAAUAAUUUAGUUCUUUUUCAAAUGGUACACUCGGGUUUUUUUUAAUAAAAAAGUUUAAAAUAAUAGAAUUAAUGAAGUAUAUGGUAUGUAUACAAAAAAUAUUCUAUUUCAACUUCCAUCAGCAGAAAAAAAACACGUCAACUUUGACGAUUUAUCCACCUUAAAGAAAGAAUAAUAGUGCUGUAUACACUUAAUUACCUAAAAUAUUGUAUCUAUUAUAGUUCAUUUGCAAUAGUGUCAUUCUCAUUUUUGAGCUAUUUUUUGAGUAAAUGUAUGCCUACUUAAGAAACUUUGGGAUUAGCUCUAAAUUUUAAUAAUAUAUAAUUACUUAAAGGUUGUGGCAUAAAAUCGUCUUUUAAGUGAGAAUUCUUGAUAAAAAGCCACGUUAUAAGCUACUAACAAACUUUGUAAUAAGUCGAUAAAAAUAAAUUUUAAAAAUACCUACAGUACUUGAUGUAAACGAAAAAGAAAUGUAACUAUUAUACUUUUAAAUGUAUGAUUAUUAGGGAUGUACAU